UAAUUACGUUACAAUGAGUAAACGCAACUGAACUUUGACAUUAUCAAAUGUUAGCAAGUGGAGUAUACAACAUUAUAUUUACUUUUACAAGAUGACAGCUUUGAAGAAGUUCCUUUAUAUCUGUUUAACACAUUUGGUAAUGUUGAAGACAGUGAUAUGUGGUACAGUUAAAGCUGUCAAAACUAAUUUAGAAGUUCCAGUUAAUCAAACUGCUCAAUUGCAAUGGAGAGUUGUCCCUGUUGCUGGAGAACAAGUAUUUGGAGUAGAGGUGUUUGUUCUUGGAUCAACCAAUGUUCAAAUAAUCAAAUUAACAUCAACCCUCACAAUUUCUGGUAAAAAAAGGUUUGGUAAUCGAUUAUCUGGAAGCUUGACAAAUGGUAUAUAUACACUAUCUAUCAAGAAAACCCAGUUCAAUGAAAAGAAGUCUUUUAAUUUGAAAGUUGUAUUCUACAAGGCACCAGAAUAUUAUCCAAAAAAUUCAACAGUGGUUAUAAAAGAAGUUGUAGGUGAGUUACAGUUUUUUUAUUUUCCAAAAUGUGUAAUUUAUUAUUCCAAUUCCUGGUUGCAGGCUUUUUUAAAGUAACAAAUAACUUUGCAAUGACAGCGAAAUUUUAAAGUCUAUAUUCCAGGUUUAAUUUAUUUCUGUUUUAUGUCUAUAACAAGCUAAGCCCUUCAAGAAGUAGAAAGCUAUUAUACAUUAAAUCAAACAAAACUGGAUCUUGAUCAAAGGUUUAUGAACCCGUAAAAUUAGGGACUACAUGCUACAAAAAGUAUAGACCUGAUAUCGUCACAUUUUGUUUAAAUUUGGAGAAAUAAGAAUGAACAAUGUGGCACCUGUU